AUGUCCCUUGUUGCAGGUAAACGAGCACAACCGCUCAGUGACAGCAUUUUCCUCUGGCCAUGGGCUGUCUACAAGGCAGAUUACCACAAAAUAAAGGAUGUCAAUGGCCUUGAUGCGUACUUCUUUGUGCGCUUCCUCCGCAUGAUGCUUCGCGUCCUUAUUCCUAUUUGGCUCAUCUCCUGGGUCAUUCUGCUUCCUGUUGAUUCGGUUGGUACCACGUCCGGGACGAGCGACAGCCUUACCCAGUUCCAGUUUGGCAACAUUGGUCCUGGACAACAGGAUCGUCACUGGGCCCAUCUUGUUCUCGUGUGGGCAUUCACCAUAUGGAUAUGGUGGAAUAUCCGACACGAGAUGUCGCAUUUCGUGACGACUCGUCAGCGAUGGCUUAUUGACCCCGAAAAUGCAACUGCGCAGGCCAAUACGAUGCUAGUCACUGGUGUGCCCCAGCGGUAUCUGACAGAAGCAGCAAUCAAGGAUGUGUUCUCUUACCUUCCUGGCGGAGUUGCAAAAGUCUGGUUGAACAGAGAUCUGAAGGAUAUGCCCGAUUUAUACGAGCGACGGCUCGAGGCGUGCAAGAUCCUUGAAUCAGCGGAGACAUCCCUGCUUAAUACUGCUAUCAAGCUGCACAAUAAACGAAUCAAGAAAGAAGCCAAGGCAGCGAAGAAGUCUGGCAAGAUCGUAGCCACGGCCGACGAGCAACGUCUGACUGACGGAAGCAUCAUAGACACGGAACGGGGUGAUGCUCUCAGUCUUGCAGAGCGUCUCGUACCGCAGAAGAAACGCCCAACUCGCCGACUGCCGCUGCUGUCUUUCUUGCCGUCACUUCCGCUGAUUGGAACACAGGUGGACUCAAUUGAAUGGGCGCGUGAGGAGAUUGCCGUCACUGGUGCAGCGCUGCGGAGCGGCCGGCGGACUCUCGCCCGGGAGGUCGAGCGGAUGUCGACGAGUCGCGAUUCGCGGGACAGCGAAACAGGUAGCGCGGAUGGACACGGUCACGUCAGCGACCAUGGGCACGCAGGAGAAGAUGCAGAGGCGGUGAAACCAAACCCUGAGACGUCGUUGACGUAUCCGCCACUCAAUUCGGCGUUUGUUCUGUUCAACGAGCAGAUUGCGGCGCAUAUGGCUGCCCAAGCGCUUACACACCACUCGCCAUAUCGGAUGGCUCACAAGUAUUUGCACGUAGCACCAGCUGAUAUCAUUUGGGGGAACCUGAACAUGAAUCCAUAUGAGAUGAAAAUUCGUACGGCCAUCAGCUGGUGUCUGACCGUUGGAUUGAUCAUUGUAUGGGCAUUUCCUGUGGCGUUCAUUGGUGCGGUCAGCAACAUUCACUCACUGUGCAGCACGUACGGUUGGCUCGCGUGGGUCUGCGGCCUUCCACCCGUGAUUGUCGGCAUUAUAUCUGGUAUUCUUCCUCCCGCGCUCUUGGCAAUCCUCAUGAUGCUCCUCCCGAUCGUGCUGCGUUUGAUGGCACGCUUCGAGGGCAUGCCGACACGGUCGUCUGUUGAAUUGAGUUUGAUGACGCGAUACUUUUUGUUUCAAGUGAUCCACUCGUUCUUGAUUGUGACGCUGAGUUCCGGUAUAAUUGCAGCGCUACCACAGUUGGUUGAGGAUACCAACUCGAUUCCUUCGAUGCUUGCUUCGAAUUUACCCAAGGCGUCGACGUUCUUCCUGACGUAUAUCAUCUUGCAAGGCCUUUCUGGGUCGGCUUCCGGCUUCCUUGAUAUUAUUUCUCUAGCCAUCUACUAUGUCAAAUUGUACCUGAUGGGCAGUACACCGCGCUCAAUCUACAACAUCAAAUAUUCGCUGAAUUCGGUUCAAUGGGGCACAGCGUUCCCGUCUGUAACGCUCCUGGUCGUUAUCACCGUCGCAUACAGUAUAAUUUCUCCUAUUAUUAACGGCCUUGCUGUCGCUACAUUCUUCUUGCUUUACCAGCUGUGGAAGUAUCGCUUCCUCUGGCAACUUGGACAGCCGAGGGCGGACGAGACGGGUGGUAUGUUCUUCCCGAAGGCCAUUCAACACGUCUUUGUUGGGUUGUAUCUCCAGCUGGUCUGUCUCGCUGCGUUGUUUUUCCUGGCUCAGAAUGGUUCGAAAAAGCCGAGCGCCGUUCCGGAAGGUGCUUUGACGAUAGUACUAAUUGCUUUUACCGCCUUCUUCCAUAUCAUCAUCAACAACUCGUACGGGCCACUGAUCGACUACCUGCCGCUCACGCUUGCGGGUCAGGAUUUGGAACUGAAGGAUUCGAACCGCGCCGUAACAGAACAGGUACUUCGUGAGAACGCAUCUGCAACGAGCUUGGACGCCGAGCAGCAGGAGAAACGGCAGGGCGAGGGGCAACAAGUACGUUCACGUAGAGAAUCCAGCCAUCCUGGGAAAGCCCGUGUCGACACAAAAGAAUACGCUACGCGUGAGUCAGACGAGAUCGCUGAUGCGACCGGGGACGUGGAUGUGGAACAAGGUGUAAUUCAGGCCGCGUCGGAGGAUGAUCUAUUGGGCGUUGACGAAGAGGAUGGCCCGAAAGACUUCUAUCAUCCCGCGACAGUCGAACCUCAGAUGACGAUAUGGAUACCGAAGGACCCGCUUGGCCUCGGAGAAGCGGAGGAGAACGUCAAUCGCGAAAAAGGGAUUGCGGCGUCGACAGAGAACGCUCGCAUGGACGGGAAAGGCCACGUUGAUGUCUUGGGUGCACCGCCCGAGGAUGGAUCGCGGUGA